UGGGAGGGGCACAGGAGAGCAGGAAGACAUGUUUCUAUGAAAUGGAUUCUGAAAGCAGGAGUAACUUUUUCCUGGGAGAAGAGAAAUUUAAAUAUUUCUGCUUGGAAUUUUUGAAACACUCUCAAGCUAUUGUGGAUGGCUGGGAAUGGAAAAAUGUUCAGGGAAGUGAGGAAGGAUACCUGAGUAAGACGUGCUACCAAACAAGAGCCCUUGAGCCAGAUCAUGGGAAGGAACAUAAUGAACAGGAAGAUGAGAAAUCAUGCACCAUUAUUAUGCAGGGCGGUCAUGAAGAUGAACAGGAAGAUACCUAUGUUCUACCACAGGGAGCUCCACCAUCAGAAGUGAUUCACUAUGAAUAUCAUAUUCUGUACUCCAUAAGCUAUCAGGCACCAGUGCUUUACUUUAGAGCAAGCUUCUUAGAUGGAACACCCCUAACACUGGAUGCAAUAUGGAACGGGGUGCAUGACAGCUAUAAACCUCGGCUUCUACAUGGACCAUGGGAAACUAUCACUCAGCAAGAGCAUCCAAUUCUCGGACAGCCAUUUUUUGCACUUCAUCCUUGCCGAACCAAUGAAUUCAUGUCAUCUAUACAAGGGAGCACAGACAGAGAGGGAAACUACAUCAUUUCAUGGCUAAGUACAGUGGGACCUGUGGUCGGAUUGUCUUUACCAUUAAGUUAUGGAAAAAUGGUGUAAAGGUCUACUGGAUGAUUCUUUCCACGUGCUGCAUUCCUAACUGGACUGUCAUAGUGCCCUCAAAUGGAGUACAAUGGUUACAGAUGGAUAUUUUCAAGUGAUUUUUUGGGAUAAACUUCUUGUUGUAAAAAGAGUCACACAAAAAUGUUUCUGUGUAAAGAGAGGCUGUCUUCCAAGUCCCAAUUAAAUGAAGAAAAAUAAUAAAGGAGAUAAAAAGGCAACAAAAGGUGCGCACCUAGUGAGCUGCCUGAUGAAGACCCCUGUCCGGGGUUGAAACGCGUUGCCUUUUAUGUUCCAAUAAAUGCAUAUUCAUCUUACCAUGGACCAGUGCCGUUAUUGAGGGGAACAUCUUUUUACAUUUCUAUCCAUAACUAAAUGAAGAAGGUUAACAAAAAUGGUUCUUAAAAUAAAAAAAAAAUGGGGUCCUCUUAAUUCCUUUGUGCUACACACCAACCAGUAGCUUCCCAUUGAACAUUUGUAGGUCAAUUUGUAAUACUUGUGAUAUUAAAGAGAAUCUGGACAUACUGUAUAAGGAUUAAACAUGAAGAAAAAGUAGGUCACACACAGUGUAUACCCAGCUUAUUUGAGGCUGCCAGAAGUCUGCCAGGCAACGGGAAUAACACUGCGUAUGGGCUAGGAACUUUACUGCACACUCAGGGCUGCGGCGGUAAAGGCCUUGUGUGUCUGCUCCUAGCCCACAUGCAGCGUAUUUCCCACUGCAAAGCAGAUUUCUCACAGCAUCAAAUACCCUGCAUAUGUACUGUGUGUUACCCUACCCUCAAAGUAUACCUUUCAUUUGUAAAAACUUUCAAAAGUUUUGUUUGGCGGGUGUUUGAGUGUUCAGACUUCUGCUGAUCAGGAAAAUGAGCCAGGAUAAGUCUGCGCUGCUGCAUGCUUCUCUUCCUGUCUCUGUAUCACGUGAUUGAGACACCCUUAUAGACUUACAUUGCGAGUUUGUCUCUAUC